AUGUCCUUACACUGUGCGCAGUCACAGCACAGUGAGCAGCCGAUGAUCAGCAAACGAUUUACUCUGCAAGAUGAGGAGUUUGGUGAAGAAAGACUUGUCUGCUUCAUUAAAGCACCACCUUCAAUCCAUAAGAAUGUGCAGUGCAGAUUUAUGGAUGACAUUAGCUCUUUAGUGGUAUCGGAUUCAGAAGAACUUGUCAGCAAUGUUGUGAAUAUAGCUGGUCUUGAUGAUCACCUUAAAAUCCCUUUCCCAAUUAGUAUUUCAAUUCCAUUCAAUAGUCAUUACAGAGGAAGUUAUAAGGAUGUGAUGGUAAAAGUCACUGAUGAAAAUAUACAGUCAAGUUAUUUAACGCCUAUCUCUUUAGAAGGACAUCAUGGCAAAUACAAGAAAGAGAAUUUUACUGUUCUUAAAAAAGGAUUAUCUUUAAAGCUGAGCGUGGAUUCACGGAUUUCCUUAAAUUACCCCCCGGGCUGCUUCAGCUCUUCAGUAAUUGUGCAGUUUAAGGUUCAACCAAUAGAUACAUCAUUGAUCUCUUUACUGAAAGCAAAGCAUGAUAUAUAUCAUCCGGUUGUGUCAAGCAGCCCAGUCAUUCAAGUGAAACAGCCAUCAGUUCAGGCUUUCCGCAAGUCUGUCACAGUUUUCCUUCCAUGCCCUCCGAACCCAGAGAAAAAGAAGGCAGGAGAUGAUGCAGAAAAUAAGAGGGCAGCAAGCGCUGCAGCUUCAAAAACCACAGGAACACGUCAGAUUCGAGCAGUCAGUGCCUCAGUGAGGAAACACGGUGAUAAUCCUAGUGAAUUACUGAAACUGCUGGCAUUAAAAGAAGAUCAGUGGAUUGUUUUAGACGACAUUGUGGUAAAAAAUGUUCAGAAUGGCAUAGUCUCAUUUGAAGUGACUGAACAUAUGGAGAGAUUUAUUGUAGUCCGUCUUUCCUCAGCUAUGGACAACACUCACUUGAUUAGCUUUAUUCAGAGCCUGGAAUAUGCUAUCUACAGCUCAGUGGUCCACGUUGUACUAUAUAGAAAAAUUGAUAACUGUAACAAAGCCAUUGUUGAGCUGGUUCCAUCCAAGGAAUUACAUUGGGAAAUCCCUGCUCUAAGUGAGGCAGGAUACACUGGACCCCCUGAACCAUCUGAGCCAAUUGAGCUUCAAGAGGGAGACCAAAUUCACUUUAGAUUUUGUGGAAACAUAACGGCAUCAGAUGGUCAAGAGUCCGGAAACACAUUUAAACUCACAUUUCAUUCACAAAGAAUGCAGAAAAAGUACUUGGACCUUAGUGUUGUGGAUGAGUUUGGAAACUAUAGUUCCCCACAUUAUAAGGGGACUGCUGCCUUUUAUAUAAUAUCCAAAGAAGAAGUUUCAGAAAGUUACAAGUCGGGACUGUCCAAAGACAAUUAUAUACAGCAACGGAAUCCAGUCUGCAAGCUGUCAGUAAUACUUCCAAAGGUGGAAAAAAAUAUCAGUCGUCCAUCAAGUACAAAAUCAUUGACGUUAGGUCCUAGAGAUAUGUUGUGGGACAGUGUUCUCAAAUGGGUGGCUCAAGAACUUUCAGAAGAAGAUGCCUCAGAGCUGUUACUUUCUCUACCGAUUCAUCGCAGUACUAUCCAGCUAGUGAGACUAAAAAGCCCACAUAACUUGACUAAUCAGAUCUAUGAAUUACUGAGUCUCUGGAAGAAAAGACUUCCCACAUCAAUAGAUAAGUUUCCACUUUUAGCUCGACAUCUGCACAAAAGUGGGAGAAGUGAUCUAGUGGAGCAGAUGAAAGUGAAAUGGGAGCCCAACAUGCGUGGAGUAGCAACACUUUAACCUUUCAAGGAAAUUCUUCUGUAUUUUUAUUUUAAUUUUAUUUUUUUAACAAACAUUUGAAAGGGUCAAUAAUUUUUAUGUACAGUAUUUAUCUUCAGUCAUACUUCACUUCUGUAUAUUUUUUCCAAUUAAAAAUGUUAAUGGUUAAGCAAUAUUUUCAUUUUUUCAUCAUCACAUUUUUUUUUACUUUUCUGUUGACGUAGCGACAUGAGAGCUUGUUUUUGUGAGACAAACUGUA